UCUUCAGGGCUCAUCCCGCGUUCCUUCGCCAUGGGGGACGUGAAGAAUUUCCUCUACGCCUGGUGCGGCAAGCGGAAGGUCACGCCGGCCUACGAGAUCCGCGCCGUGGGCAACAAGAACCGGCAGAAGUUCAUGUGCGAGGUUCGUGUGACAGGCUUCAACUACAUCGGGAUGGGCAACUCCACCAACAAGAAAGAUGCCCAGACCAAUGCUGCUAGAGACUUUCUCAAUUACCUUGUUCGGGUGAAUGAGAUCAAGAGUGAAGAAAUUCCAGCUUUUGGGGCAGGAUCGGUGGGUGCUCCAGGUGGAGAAACGGCUGGAGCAGGAGAAGGUGGGGAUGAAUUGGAUGCUCCUCUAGGAGGGCUGCCACCUCCUCCCCUGACUCUCCAAACAGUAACGGGUGUUCCUCCUCUGGGAACUGGAAACUCUGGCUAUGGAGGAGCUCAGUGGGACCGUGGGGCAAAUCUGAAGGAUUAUUAUUCAAGGAAGGAGGAACAAGAAGCCCAAGCAACCUUGGAGUCAGAAGAAGUAGAUUUGAAUGCUGGCCUUCAUGGGAAUUGGACCUUGGAGAAUGCCAAGGCACGCCUGAACCAGUUUUUCCAAAAGGAGAAGAUUCAAGGAGAAUAUAAAUACACUCAAGUGGGGCCCGAUCACAACAGGAGCUUUAUUGCAGAAAUGACCAUUUAUGUCAAGCAGCUGGCCAGAAGAAUCUUUGCUCGUGAGCAUGGCUCAAACAAAAAGCUGGCAGCGCAGUCCUGUGCUCUGUCUUUGGUCAGGCAGCUCUACCACCUGAACAUCAUUGAGCCUUACUCUGGGCAGACCAAGAAGAAGGAAGGUGAAUCGAUAGAACCGUAUCAAGUAAAUCUCAGUUCCGAUUUGGAAAGUCAGCUGCAGAGCCUCGUCAGCGACAUGGGUCUUGAAAUUGUUCCGCCGCCUGAAGAUCCCACCUUCCCCGCUGUCCUUAACAUUGGGAAGUUGGCCCACUUCGAACCCUCCCAAAAAGAGAAUCAGAUGGGAGUUGUGCCGUGGUCGCCUCCGCAGUCAAACUGGAAUCCGUGGACCAGCUGCAACAUUGAUGAGGGCCCUCUGGCAUUUGCCACACCAGAGCAGAUAAGUGUCGACAUAAAAAGAAACCUUGCAUAUCAGCUGGAAAGCGAUCAGGAAUUGAAGAAAAUUCUUGAGGAGAGGUACACUCUACCUGUGAAGAGGUUUGAGCAAGAGAUUCUGGAAGCCAUCCACCAUAAUCCUGUUGUCAUCAUCCGUGGAGCUACCGGCUGUGGCAAAACUACGCAGGUUCCACAGUACAUCCUGGAUGAAUUUAUCUACAGUGGAAGAGGUGCAGAGUGCAGCAUCGUUGUGACUCAGCCCAGGAGGAUCAGUGCCGUUUCUGUGGCGGAACGGGUCUCCUAUGAAAGGGGAGAAGAACCUGGGAACAGCUGUGGCUACAGUGUCCGGUUUGAAUCGGUGCUUCCCCGUCCCCAUGCCAGUGUGAUGUUCUGCACUGUUGGUGUCCUCCUGAGGAAGCUGGAAGCUGGGAUCCGUGGAAUCAGUCAUGUGAUCGUGGAUGAGAUCCAUGAGAGAGACAUUAAUACUGACUUUCUGUUGGUAGUUCUGCGAGAUGUCAUUCAAACCUACCCUGAAAUCCGAGUCAUCCUCAUGUCUGCCACCAUUGAUACCAGCAUGUUCUGUGAAUACUACUUCAAUUGCCCCAUCAUUGAGGUCUUUGGUAGAACUUUCCCUGUUCAAGAGUAUUUUCUGGAAGAUUGCAUUCAGAUGACCAGAUUCAUUCCACCACCAAAGGACAAGAAGAAGAAGGAUAAGGAUGAUGAAGGUGGUGACGAUGAUGAUGCCAACUGCAACCUUAUUUGUAGCGAUGAAUAUGGCCUGGAAACGAAACGCUGCAUGGCUCAGCUAAAUGAGAAGGAAACUCCUUUUGAGCUCAUCGAGGCCCUCUUGAAAUACAUCGAGACCUUGAAUGCUCCGGGAGCUGUUCUUGUCUUCUUGCCAGGCUGGAAUUUGAUAUACACCAUGCAGAAAUAUUUGGAAAUGAACCCACACUUUGGAAGCCAGCGGUACAGAAUACUUCCUUUGCACUCCCAGAUUCCUCGAGAGGAACAGCGCAAAGUGUUUGAUCCAGUGCCUGCUCACAUGACCAAGGUAAUUUUAUCCACCAAUAUUGCGGAGACCAGCAUUACCAUCAAUGAUGUGGUCUAUGUUAUUGAUUCUUGCAAACAAAAGGUGAAGCUGUUCACUGCUCACAACAACAUGACCAACUAUGCUACUGUGUGGGCAUCAAAAACGAACCUGGAGCAGCGAAAAGGACGAGCCGGUCGCGUCCGUCCAGGAUUCUGUUUCCAUCUCUGCAGCAAAGCUCGGUUUGAAAGGCUUGAGACUCACAUGACCCCAGAGAUGUUCCGAACACCACUGCAUGAAAUCGCUUUGAGCAUCAAACUGCUACGGCUGGGAGGAAUUGGGCAAUUCUUGGCCAAAGCUAUAGAGCCACCCCCCUUGGAUGCAGUGAUUGAAGCGGAGCAUACGCUGAGAGAGCUGGAUGCCUUGGACUCAAAUGAUGAGUUGACACCGCUUGGGCGAAUUUUAGCCAGGCUCCCCAUAGAACCUCGCCUUGGGAAGAUGAUGAUAAUGGGAUGCAUUUUCUACGUGGGAGAUGCUGUAUGUACCAUCUCUGCCGCCACCUGCUUCCCAGAGCCUUUCAUCAGCGAAGGGAAGAGGCUGGGUUAUGUCCACAGGAAUUUUGCUGGAAACCGGUUUUCUGACCACGUGGCCUUGCUUUCAGUCUUCCAGGCUUGGGAUGAUGCAAGAAUGGGCGGGGAAGAUGGUGAGAUCCGGUUCUGCGAGCAUAAGAGGCUCAACAUGGCCACGCUCCGAAUGACUUGGGAAGCCAAAGUGCAGCUGAAAGAUAUCCUUGUCAAUUCUGGCUUCCCGGAAGAUUGUUUGAUGACACAGAUAUUUAACAACGUUGGCCCAGAUAACAAUCUGGAUGUCGUUAUCUCUCUGCUGGCCUUUGGCUUGUACCCCAACGUCUGCUACCACAAGGAGAAGAGGAAGAUUCUAACCACUGAGGGGCGCAACGCGCUCAUCCACAAAUCUUCUGUCAACUGCCCAUUCAGCAGUCAAGACAUGAAAUACCCUUCUCCGUUCUUUGUUUUUGGAGAAAAGAUCCGGACACGAGCCAUUUCUGCCAAAGCCAUGACCUUAGUGAGCCCCUUGCAGCUACUUCUGUUUGGCUCAAAGAAAGUCGUGUCCGAUGGCGAGAUUAUUGUACUGGAUGACUGGAUCAAGUUGCGGAUGCCACACAGUGCUGCCGCCUGUAUUGCUGCCUUGCGAGCAGCGAUGGAAGCCCUUGUUGUAGAAGUAACUAUGAACCCAGAAAUCAUCAGCCAGUUGGACCAGCUGAACGAGCACAUGCUGUCUGUUAUUCGGCAGAUCUCCAGACCCAUCGCUGCUGGCAUCAACCUUUCAGCAGGCACUACGAGAUAUGGUGAUGGACCUCGCCCACCCAAAAUGGCCCGAUACGACAAUGGAGGAGGCUACAGAGGAAGAGGAGGAGGCUACAGGGGUGGAUAUGGUGGAUAUGGAGGAGGCUAUAACUCUUCUGCUGGAGGUUCUGGAGGACAAGGAUAUUCAGGGGGUGGAGGUAGCUAUCGUGGUGGUGGUGGUGGUGGUUUUAGGCGACCUGGCGGAGGCUUUCGAGGUUCAGGUGGAGGAUACCAAAGUGGCGGAAAUAGAGGAGGUGGGUUUAGAGGAGGGUGGGGUGGUUACUGAAGAAAC